AUCUCAUAAAUACAUUUUUCUUCUCUCCUUUGAUUCUCCAUAAUAAUCUUAAUUUUUUAUUUUUUAUUUUACUAUAAGCUCUAAUAAUGUCAAAGUUGUGAUGUCAUUAAUAAAGUAGUGGGUGAACCUGUUUAUAUAUAGUUACAUACUAGUACUACUUUUUUUGUUUUGUUUUUUCCUUUUGUUUACACAAAGGAAUCUCUUUUUGUAGAUUCCAAGUAGGUUCUUUUUUCUGGGUUUGUGUUAAAAAUACAAACUUUAAUAAUGGGGAAUGUUAAUGGAAGAGAAGAAGUUAGUGGGAAUAGGCAAUCUGGGUUUGAGGGUUCAGGUUCAGGUUCAGGUUCAGGUUCAGGUUCAGGUUCAGGUGUUGCAGUGAUGCAAGAUAACAUAAUGGAUGGUGAAUUGAUUGUGGGUCACUCUCCACCUUCAAGUCCCAGGGCUUCUCAAUCUCCUUUGAUGUUUCGACCUCAGAUGCCAGUGGUCCCUUUACAAAGACCUGAGGAGGUGCACAUCCCAAACCCUUCAUGGAUGCAAACCACCUCAGGGUACGACGACUUGAAUGAUGAGCAAGGAGUUCCCACACUGAUAUCAUGGACCCAUGACGGCAAAGAAGUGGCCGUGGAGGGAUCAUGGGAUAAUUGGAAGUCAAGGAACCCUUUGCAAAGAUCUGGGAAAGAUUUCACCAUUUUGAAGGUGCUUCCUUCUGGAGUUUAUCAGUAUAGAUUUAUAGUUGAUGGACAAUGGAGGUGUUCCCCUGACUUGCCAUGCGUCCAGGAUGAAGUAGGGAAUACUUACAACAUUUUGGAUGUGAAGGAUUAUGUUCCUGAAGAUAUUGAAAGCAUUUCUGGGUUUGAACCUCCUCAGUCCCCAGAUUCCAGCUACAGUAACUUGCAACUUGGAGCAGAGGACUAUGCCAAGGAGCCACCUUUAGUUCCGCCUCAUCUACAGAUGACUUUACUCAAUGUACCUUCAUCUCACAUGGAAAUUCCACCUUCUCUCUCGAGACCUCAACAUGUGGUACUUAACCAUCUCUACAUGCAGAAGGGCAGGAGUACGCCGUCUGUGGUUGCACUUGGUUCAACUAAUCGAUUCCUCUCCAAAUAUGUGACAGUGGUACUUUACAAGUCCAUACAGAGGUGAAAUUUCCAUAACACCCGUCUGGAUGAUAAGUCUUUUAAUAACUUAAAUCUGGUGACAAAUUAUUAGAAUUCAGGCCUGGCUCAUGGCCACUCAAGAAACAAGGGAAAAGAAAGAAGCGGUAGAGGAAAUGUUGGGAACAUCAAAUUCUCUACCGUGAUUCGGUCAGUUUACGUGUAAGCACUUAGUCCUUAUUUGCCUCUUUUUUUCAGUUCCAACAUCCAAUGAGUAGACCCCUUUUGACUUUGUUGUCAUACAAUAGGUGUCGGUUUUAUUCUCACUAUCCCUUUUCCCCCUUUCCCUUCUUCGACCCUCCAAUGUAAUAAAAAAUAUUUACUUUUAAAAAAAGAAAGAAAUGUGCUUCAUUUCCUUAGCGAAA